AUGGGUGGCGAACGAAAGAUCAAGUCCGUCGCCAUCAUUGGCGCCGGCGCUGCCGGUGCCAUCACCGCCGCCGCGUUUAAGGCGGAGAACUACUUCGAGAGGAUUCAGGUCUUCGAACGGCGAGAGUCCGCUGGCGGAACAUGGAUUUAUGACUCGAACCCGUCGGAGCUUCCUCCACUCCAGCCGGGAAGUCUCCCCCCGGAUGUCGAUCCCGCUGUGGAGAUUCCGGGCGAGUUACCCCUGGUCAAGCCUCACAAUCAACAGGAGCGAUACUCUCAGACACCUAUUUAUCAUUCUUUGACUACUAAUGUUCCUGAUAUUGCAAUGUCUUUCUCGGACGCAAAAUUCGCCUAUGGUCCAUUUGUACCACACUGGAUUCCCCGGCAAUACAUCGAAAACUACUUUUCACUGCAUAAGACGGACUCCGUCUUGGUGCUCAACACAACAGUCGAAGAUGUCACCAGGGUCACGACAAAAGACAGACCUGAGCAGUGGAGAUUGACACUACGAAAGUUCGAUGCUGCGCGGAACGUCGAUGUCUGGUGGCAGGAGGUUUUCGAUGCAGUUGUCCUCGCAAAUGGACACUAUUCAGUACCUUACGUACCUUAUGUCAAGGGCUUGGACGAAUACAUAAAGAAGUUUCCAGGCCGUGUAGUCCACUCUAAGAUCUACCGCACUCCACAGCCCUUUACCGGAAAAAGAGUUGUCACCAUAGGCAAUUCUGCAUCAGGCCACGAUGUCACAGAAGAGCUGGUCCAGAAUGUCCGCACCCCGGUGUUUCAGUCUCGGCGUUCCAAGUCUCGCUGGGAUGGCGACGAGCCGCCGCCAGGAAUCGUAUGGAAGCCCAUCAUCAAAGAGUACCAUCUAGACGGAAGAAUUAUUUUUGAGGACGAUUCAUAUCUCGACGACGUCGACCACGUCAUCUACUGUACGGGAUACAAACCUUCUUAUCCGUUCUGGAAUUCCGAGGCCAACGGCGGGAGGGCUCUGUACGACUACAAGCAAGGCAAGCUUAUCAAGAUAUUUCAGCAUACCUUCUUCCAAGAUUUCCAGACUCUUGGAAUUGUGGGUAUGCCACGGGUUUUGACGUUUCGGAGCUUUGAAUACCAAGCCAUUGCAUUGGCUCGUGUAUUUUCUGGAAGGCAUUCCGUUGCGCUGCCUCCUGUCGAGGAGCAGGAACGCUGGGAAAGAGAAAGAGAAGAGUUAGUCAGUAGGGAGAAGAGAAAGUUCCACGAUAUUGAGUGGGGGACGGGUGAGACGUUUGAAUGGCUUAACUGGCUGUUCCGAGUUGCGGGCCUGCCUACGCUCAGGGGUAAGGGUCGGACGCCGCCGGUGCUUUCAGAAGAACUGAUCUGGGCUGUGGAGCAUUUGAGGAAGUAUCCCGAACCGGGAAACCCCGAAGAUGGCGAUAAUUCGCAGCAGAAGUCGGUCGAUACAGCUGGUAAAAGAUCUCAUGGAGAUGGCCAUAAACAUGUUGGAAAGGGGGGGGAGGGAACACAAGAUUUGGUGCAAAGACCUAAAAAGGACCUUCUGGGGUUCAUUUAG